GCGCAGAGGAAUACGUCUGGGCCCCAGAGGGGAGGAUCCUGGGAGAACUAUGCACAACUCUCGAGUCACCCUCCAGCUUCAUAGAGAAGUCUGCCCAAAGCGGAGCCCUACUUCGACACAGACACUUAAGAGAGAACACACCAGCACCCACAUCAGCCUUCCUCUCCGAGCCUGAUAUUCUCAAUCUUGGCCAACCUUUGGAACCAGCGGUCUCAUGGUUAAAGCUCUGAGCUCGGACUGGGGAGACCCAGGCUCAGAGCUCUGCUUGGCCACAAAAGCUCCCUGGGUGAGCCGGGAACAGUCAUGAGCUCUCAGCCUAACUCACCGGGCAUGAUUUUGAUUUUGUAAGGAUAAGAGCGGGGAGAGACACAUGGACAGCGCAAGUACUUUGGAAGAAGGUGAGCAGCUGCUGCAUGUGAUAUACAACAGGGCCUCUUGGGAUACCUCUGCGGAUCAUCCACCCCAAGUGAGAAUCAGAAAGGGUUGGGAUAAAUGUGAUUAGCCUUCUCUCCUCUGCAAGGCCAUGGCUGCCGCUGCUCCUCACCUCAAUUCGGAUGCGUUGCGAGAAGUCCUGGAGUGCCCCAUUUGCAUGGAGUGCUUUACUGAGGAGCACCUGAGGCCAAAGCUCCUGCACUGUGGCCACACCAUCUGCAAGCAGUGCUUAGAGAAGCUCCUGGCCAACAGUAUCAACGGCAUCCGCUGCCCGUUCUGCAGCAAGAUCACAAGGAUCACGAGCCUGGCUCAACUGACCGACAACCUUACCGUGCUGAAGAUCAUAGACACGGCAGGGCUCCAUGAAACGGUGGGCCUCCUCAUGUGCAAGGCCUGUGGACGGCGGCUCCCCAAGCACUUCUGUAAGAGCUGUGGCUCGGUCCUGUGUGAGCCGUGCAAGGAGGCUGAGCACCUUCAGCAGGGCCAUUGUGUGGUCGCCAUCAAAGAGGCGGCCGACGAACGGAGGCGAGAGUUUGGGACCCGGCUUGGGCGGCUGCGAGAGCUCAUGGGGGACCUGCAGAAGAGGAAGACAGCCCUAGAAGGGAUCUCAAAAGACCUGCAGGUGAGGUACAAAGCUGUCUUGCAGGAGUACAGCAAAGAGGACCGCAAGAUCCAGGAGGAGCUGGCGAGGUCCCGCAAGUUCUUCACCAGCUCCCUCUCCGAGGUGGAGAAAGUGAACAACCAGAUCAUGGAGGAGCAGGCUUACCUGCUGAACAUUGCAGAGGUGCAGAUCGUGUCACGGUGUGACUACUUCCUUGCCAAAAUUAAACAGGGGGACAUUGCCCUCCUCGAGGAAGAAGGAGACGAGGAGGAGCCCGAACUAAUGAACAGCCUCCCGAAAGAGCUGACCCUGCAAGAGGUGGAGCUCCUCAAAGUGGGACAUGUUGGGCCACUGCAAAUCGGACAGGUAGUCAAGAAACCUCGGAGCAUCAACAUGGAGGAAUCGCUGAUGGAGGCUGUGGCAUCAACCUCAGUGUCUUUCAGAGAGACCGAUGUGGCUCAGGAAGAAGCCACCGUAUUGCCCAACUGCUCUUCUGCCAAACCAAGGGCGCCAGAAGCAGCCGCCAGUAUCCAGCAGUGCCACUUCCUCAAAAAGAUGGGCUCCAAGGGCAGCACACCAGGGACUUUCAAUCUGCCCGUCAGCCUACAUGUCACUCCUCAGGGGGAAGUGCUUGUAGCAGAUCGCGGCAACUUCCGAAUUCAAGUCUUUACCCGCAAGGGCUUCCUGAAGGAGAUCCGCCGGAGCCCCAGUGGAAUUGACAGCUUUGUGCUCAGCUUCCUCGGGGCAGAUCUGCCAAACCUGACUCCCCUCUCAGUCACCAUGAACUGCCAUGGUCUGAUUGGCGUGACUGACAGUUAUGACAAUUCUGUGAAGGUGUACACAAUGGACGGACACUGUGUGGCGUGCCACAGGAGUCAGCUCAGCAAGCCCUGGGGCAUCACCGCUCUGCCAUCAGGACAGUUUGUUGUGACUGAUGUGGAAGGUGGAAAACUUUGGUGUUUCACCGUAGACCGUGGCAUUGGGGUGGUGAAGUACAGCUGCUUGUGCAGUGCAGUGCGGCCCAAGUUUGUCACGUGUGAUGCUGAAGGGACUAUCUACUUCACCCAGGGGCUGGGUCUGAACCUUGAAAACCGCCAGCAUGAGCAUCAUUUGGAGGGCGGGUUUUCUAUAGGUUCUGUCGGCCCAGAUGGGCAGCUGGGUCGGCAAAUCAGCCACUUUUUCUCAGAGAACGAAGACUUCAGAUGCAUUGCUGGGAUGUGCGUGGACGCCCGGGGAGACCUGAUCGUUGCAGACAGCAGCCGGAAAGAAAUCCUCCAUUUCCCCAAGGGCGGUGGCUACAACAUCUUAAUCCGAGAGGGACUCACAUGCCCUGUUGGCAUAGCCAUCACUCCGAAGGGACAGCUGUUGGUCUUGGACUGUUGGGAUCAUUGCAUUAAGAUCUACAGUUACCACUUGAGGAGGUACUCCACUCCUUAGGAGGAAGCUGUGCUCCCUGCCUCUAGAUUCCUCCACAGUCCUCAACGGGCUGGCUGACAUCAGUGCCAUAGUUUUCAAGCAGGCUAUGCCACAGGCCUGGCUCAGUUAGUGCAGUAGCAGCCAUAGUCUUGUAUGUGCCCUUAGAAGAUAAUUAGGCCUUGGGUGCGAUUUUGUGUUAACAGUGAAGGAUUACCCCAAGCACUUUUCACCGAUCGCCACCCGGUCCUUGCCUCACUGCAUGUGUGUGGUGCUCAAGAUCUGGUUCCUUCAUUAGAAUCCCCCUUAAUAGGUUUUCCCCAGCAAUAGUUGGUAGCUCUUGUCCACAGUGGGAUCCCUUUGACUUCCUGAAUACCUUGGUAUAGCCAACUCAUCACAUAAUGAAUUCACCAGCACCCACAACAGCAUAAAAGCAAACACAAAUGUACAGCUCACCACCACCCCUGCCCAGGAUCUUGCAUCUAGUUAUGGUGCCAAAAGACCCCCAGUUUAUGACAGUUGUGUAUGACUUUGCACUCUUUGAAGGGGAAAUAGGUCUGGGGUGAUUGCAGAAGAUCAGCUUAAGGCAGAGAAUGGUCUCCUGGGAAUUCACAUUAUUCUUAUUUUUUGAACUAGCAGAGGGUUGUGGGGGGUGGGGAUCCUACGCAGGACGAAAUUGAUUGGGGUUUGUUCUUAAUGACUCUGUGUUGUAUCUUGCUUUCAAAAUGUUUUGGAAGGUUAUGUUUCUUGUUGACACUUUGCCAGGGAAGGUGAAAUUGGAGUAAACAAGAUCAAAUGUGACAAAUGA